CACUAACACAGGUGUUACCUAAUUUUGAACAUUCCUUCUAGGGUUCAAAUCACAUUUCUAAAAGCUCGUAUUUCCCCUUUUCUGUCGUGCUCUCCUCAUCUCUUUAAGUGCAUUGAAUGAUACAGUAUGGCCGAGAUAAAGUCAUCCGGAAGACCAAUUGAUCAAUUAUUGGAGAAAGUCCUAUGCAUGAAUAUACUUUCUUCUGAUUACUUUCGGGACCUGUUGAGAUUGAAAACUUAUCAUGAAGUGAUAGAUGAGAUUUACGUUACCGUCACACAUGUGGAACCAUGGAUGACCGGCAACUGCCGGGGUCCUUCAACGGCAUUUUGCCUUCUAUACAAGUUCUUUACCAUGAAACUCACUGUCAAGCAAAUGCAUGGGCUACUGAAGCACCCAGAUUCUCCUUAUAUCAGAGCGAUUGGAUUUCUCUAUUUAAGAUAUGUUGCCGAUCCAAAGACAUUAUGGAGUUGGUAUGAGCCGUACUUAAAAGAUGAUGAGGAAUUCUCUCCUGGUUCUAAUGGCCGAAUGACCACGAUGGGUGUUUAUGUACGCGACUUGCUUCUUGGUCAGUAUUAUUUUGACACACUUUUCCCCCGCAUCCCAGUUCCUGUUAUGCGAACUAUUGUAGCCAAUCUUGAAAAUAUGAAGCUACCUACUAAACAUCUUGGUGUUACUGGUGAGAACACCCGUGGAUCUGAGGAAACUGCCCGGAGGCCACCGUCUGUCAAAGCUUCUCUUUCUGUUUCCUUCGGUCAACGUGCUCCUCAUCGUGCAACUACUAGGGAUUCAUCUCCUGUUCGCCGUACGCUGCCGUCAUCUGCUUAUGAUAGGGAAGGUGAUUCAAGACGGUCCCCAAGUGUUCGUAGGAGCCAGAGCCGUGAUUUAUCUGAUCGAGAAUAUUCAGACAGGGAUAGAGGCAGAGAAAGAGGGGAGAUGGACAGAGACAGGGAUAGGGAUUAUUCCCGAGACAGAGAUCGAGAUCGAGGCAGGGACAGAUAUAGAGACAGAGACAGGGAAAGGGAGAGAGACCGAGAACGUGGAAGAGACAGCGAUCGGGGGUAUGAUUAUGAUAGAAGGUCCAGAGAUAGCUAUAGAAGGGAUUAUGAGAGGAGCAGCCAUGAUGAUGAUCGGUACACAAGAGAAGGUAGUUCUCGUCGGAGUCGAAGCCGUAGCAGAAGCAGGAGUCGAAGCAUCCACGAAUGGAGUCGUCUGAGUCCUGCUAGAGAUGUAAACAAAGAAAGGACAUCCGCAUCCAGUAAUUUGGCUAAGCUUAAAGAUCUAUAUGGUGACGUGAGCAACCAAAAAGAUGAUGUAGGCAAAGAUAGUGGACCUAACAGGCCUAGUGGUACUGAGGAAGUGAUCAGAAUUGGUGGUUCCUCUUGGAGGUAAUCUUUUUUAAUAAUUUGAAACUGAGCACCAUCAUUCAGAUGUUCGACUACAUCUUGUGUCUGAUAUAGACUGUAUCUUCUGCUCAUUUUUACAUUCGAGUCUGGAUAUCCAUGUGGACAUCGUUUAUUCCCACCAUCUUAGGUGAGUGAAGAGAUGUAUGUAUAUUAGUAGACAAUUUCAUUAGACUAAUUACAAUUUUUAUUACUCUUUUUAAUGGUGUAAGAUGAUAUCGAACAAUUGAAAAGGCGUCAAAGUCAGAUAGUUAUGCUGCUACUAGCAGUUGAACUGCAUCCUAAGUUGUCGAAGAUGCUUCUAGCCUAAGGUUGCACGUCUUCUUUGACAACGAGGUUUCCUUGGCAAGAGUGCUUCCAACUAUAACUUGUUGAUUCAAGGUACAGUGAUUUGUCUUGUCAAUUGUAUGACACUUUUAAUAGGUUCUUAAAUUCCCGGCAGUUUCAUAUUGUCUAUGUACUUUUAUGGACUGUGUUGUAUGUGAAUAUCUUAUUGUUGUGUUGGUUUCUAUA